CAGCCGAUGGGAAACGCUGGGAGGUUUGUUUUGUUGCGGCUGCGCCGCUGCAUCGAUCAAUAACGUGGAACAUGGCUCGCCUUGUCGCUCGCUUCUCCAGAGUCUUCCUCAGGGAAAACUUUCCCAAGGCCAUCGUGGCACCGAAGAGUUUCCCGAGGCCACGAGGUGUCCACGCACGGGUGGGCUUGAGGUCACUUACCCGAUACGAUGAAACAACAGUCAAUGUCGAUUGGCAAAAGAAGCUCACUCCGGAGCAAUACUUCGUCACCCGAGAAAAGGGAACAGAACUGCCUUUCAGUGGAAUCCAUCUGACUAAUACAGAGCAAGGCACGUACCACUGUGUGUGCUGCGAAGCAGUGUUGUUCAGCUCUGAAACGAAGUACGAUUCUGGCAGCGGUUGGCCGUCUUUCUGGCAAAUCCACGGCGCGGUGAACAAUGAUGAAUCCAACACGAAUGCACUGCGUCGUCCAGACAACUCCAUGGGAUCGACGGGAACUGAACUUAUUUGCAAAAAGUGUGAUGCACACUUGGGCCACGUAUUUGAUGAUGGACCCGAACCCACAGGACAUCGAUUUUGCAUCAACAGUGUGGCUUUAACUUUCAAACCUAAAUCAAUACAGUGAUUUUAAAAACAAUAAGGUGUUGCAUUUUGUUACAUAAUACUUCACUUAACCUAGACGGAGUUCCCAGUAAUAUAUAAUCAAUACCACUGGUGUUUUUAUUGUAAAUCAUCUGUGUGUUACAUUCACACAAAUAUUAAUUGUGUUUUUAACAGAGAGUAAAAUAUCCAGUGUUUGUGCCCAGAUAUUUCCCAAAUGCUCCAUAAAGUUCAAGCAAGAUCCUUUCAUUUUUUUAAUCUAAGAAAUCAACUAAUGUUAAAUUAAUAUUAAUGACUUUAUUGUCUGCAAAUAAUUAUUUAAAGUUCACAGAUUUUAAAAUACGAUAGAUAUACACAGAUAAAAAAAGAUAGGUUAAUGUUUUGAGUCCUUUGUUGAAACCCAUAAUCCAUAAACCAACUCUGUAGAGCUAUUUAAAUUAUGUAUGUCUAGAAUUUUUGCAUUUCAUAUAUUUUCUUUUGUAUUUUCUCUCAUGUUUACUAGCCUCAACUACCUAAUGUCUACACGUCUACACCCCAGCUUUAAUUAGUGUGUUGAUAAUUGAUGAGACAAUCACAUUUCUUUGCAGUAUUCAAAAUGGCCAAACUAUAGUUAGAUUUCAUUUCUUCAAAUUCAUUUAAAAGCCUAUGAUCUUCUGGUUCUAAAGAAAACCAGAGGUUCCCCAAUCUGCAGCUAUACGUGAAAGGAUUAUUGUAUGAUUUAUAAUGUGAAUAAUUACAUAUAAUUUAAAAAGCAGUUUUGAUUGACCGUACAUAUUUAUUUCAUUAAUUCAGGUAUAUCAUGUAAUAUAUUAAAAUGGUGAUUCCAGUAAA